AUGGCCAACUAUGAUGCCGUGACUAUGACCCGACGAGGCACGGUCCUGUUCAUGAGACGGCUAUGUCCUUGGUUCCUGGUUACGGCGGAUGAUCUGGAUACAGGCCACAUCACCAUCGUCGAGUCAAGCGCAACGGCCAAGUCCGGAAAUCCUUCCGUCGACGGGCUCGCAAUAUGUGGCCUGGACCUUGCGCAGGUGGAAUGGGACGAGGUUGGUGGGGGAGAUGAGAAGAACUCCGAUCUGGAUAUGACCCAACCUGUGAUCGAUAUCCUGGAAGAAGCCAAGGCCCGUCGCGAGUUUCUCUUCGGCUUUGAUGGCGCCUGUUUCCUUGGAGUGUCCAGUGGCUGA